AUGGACCAAGGGACCCAGAGACCCCCAGCUAAUGAGCUGCAUAUGUUGGAGUCACGGGAGAGCGAUGCCAUGGCCCUGAACGGCUUCGUCCUGGUGGUCACGGCAGAGGGCUACGUCUUCUACUCCUCCCCCACCAUCCAGGACUACCUCGGCUUCCACCAGUCGGACGUGGUUCACCAGAGUGUGUUUGAGCUGAUCCACACGGACGACAGAGCCGUGUUCAGGAGGGAGCUGCACUUCGCCCUCAACCCCAAUCAGUUUGAGGGGGAGCAGGGCUCCGAGGUAGCCACACAGAGCAACAGCAGUGACAUCACCAGCAACAUUGUGAGCUACAACCCCGAGCAGCUUCCCCCUGAGAACUCCUCCUUCCUGGAGAGAAGCUUCGUCUGUCGCUUCCGCUGUCUCCUAGACAACUCCUCGGGCUUCCUGGCCCUGAACUUCCAUGGGCGUCUGAAGUACCUCCAGGGCCAGACCAAGGUGUCAGAGGACGGGACCAUAAGCCACCCCCAGCUGGCCUUGUUUGUCAUCGCCACCCCCCUCCAGCCCCCCUCCAUCCUGGAGAUCAGGGCUAAGACUCUGCUCUUCCAGACCAAGCACAAGCUGGACUUCUCACCCGUGGGAAUUGACAUCAGGGGGAAAGUGGUUCUGGGCUACAGUGAAAUAGAGCUGUGCAUGCGCGGCUCAGGAUACCAGUUCAUCCACGCAGCUGACAUGAUGUACUGUGCAGACAACCAUGUGAAAAUGAUAAAGACAGGGGAGAGUGGCCUCACCGUCUUCAGACUGCUGACCAAAGGGGGGACCUGGGUGUGGGUUCAGGCCAACGCCCGGCUGGUCUACAAGACCGGCAGGCCCGACUUCAUCGUGGCCCGACAGAGAGCUCUGACAAAUGAAGAAGGCGAGGAGCAUCUCCGUGUGAGGCGACUGCAGCUGCCCUUUAACUUUGCCACGGGUGAGGGAGUUCUGUACGAGGUGGGCCCCUCCCUGGACAUAGCAGACAUCCCUACCCAGUGCAAAGCCCCCAAGAUCAGGAAGGUGGAGGAGGACUUGUCUCUGGACCCCAGCUCUCUCCUGGGCUCCCUGCUCCAGCAGGACCAGUCUUUCUACCAGCAAACCAGCGAUCCCAACUCCAUGUCCACCCUCAACGACGUGGCCUUCAAGGACAGCCACGCUCUCACCAGCGUGCCCGGAGAUACCUGGCAGCAUCCGCUGGCCAAGCCCAGCACCCUGCUGAAGGAGGAGGCCACCCUCCAGGACAUGAUGGAGACCCUGCAGCAGAUCAUCGGGGACGAUAGCAUGUGCUCCACCUUGGACGUGGACCCCGUGGAGCUGAAGGACUGGGAGAACACCCUGCUGAAGGUGAACACCAUGAACGCCAACAGCUGUGACCUCCCCGACGACCUCAACGAAAUCCUCAGUAACGACAUCUUUUCCUACGUGGAGGAUCACCUCCUCCAGGUGAGUGGCCUUCAAAGACCUGAUCAGCUCCCCUCUCCAGGGGGCCUUGGUCACCCCCUCCUGGAGCCACUACCCUGCCUCCCCAUCCUGGAUCUGCAGCCCCCACUGCUACCUGGGAACCAGAACUUCAACUGGACCAUGGAGCCACAGAGCCAGUUACUGGGGAACAGAGGGCCUGGUUCUAUUGGGAGCAUGAUGAAGCUGACACACAUAGGUCCCCAUGUGAGCUCUGGAGCUCUGAACGACCCCCUUCAGCCGACAGCCACAAACAACACUUUCUCCCUGUCACUGGGAGGAGUUGACCCUCGGCUCAACACGCCUAACAGCUUGGGGCUGAAGACCCAAGCAGGGUUCAACCCUGCCCUGGAGGGGUCAUGUUCCCGGAUCCAAAACCAACUUAUGCAGAACCUCCAAGCCUCCCAAGUUCAGUCCAGCUCUCCGUGGCAGAACGGUCUCGGUUCCGGUUCUCUGAGGCAGAUGCAGCCAGGCUCUCAAACCACAGGUAGGCAGCUCCACCCGAGCGCAGUGACUGUUCCAAUUCAGAACUUUGUGCAGCAGGGAGUACCUACUCAAGCAAUGGGCUUUCAGAACUCUGGGAAGCAAUCAAAUCACCUUGGACCCUGUCAGGAAAACCAAUGGAUGCCAUCUAUCUCCAAAUCAGCCAUUUUGGAAACGUACAGCCAGAGUAUUUCAAGUCAGCAGGAUAUCAUUGUCGAUCCUUUAUCCAGAGCUAACUGUUUACAAGAAAACUUUUCCCUUCAGACCCAGAACAACAUGAAUCAAAGACAGUCUUGGCAGCAACAGCAAGAACAACAACGGCAGCUGCAGCAGCUGCCCAUAUCGUUACAAAACGGACACAAAGCCAUGGACGGCCGUUUUAACAAGGUGUCUGAAUUCCAAAGAGACUCUCUUCCGGGACAGGCUCCCCAGAACUCUCAGCACUACCAGGCCAUGUACCAAUCUCAAAUGAACCCCAAUGUGGCCUUCACUCCUCUCGAAGAUUUAGGGACCCAGUCUCUGGUUUCUUCCAACAGCUGUAUGUUCCAGAGCCAGUCCACAGUCCCUGUCAACAAAGUGCAGGGAAGCAACACAGGCCUGGGCUCCUUGGGCCCUUCCUGUCAGAGGAUGAAGGCCCCCGAAAGCCAGAGCUCCUCGCAGGCAUCCUGUUACUUCCAGAGGAACCCUAACCCUGGUGGUCCUGCAGCGGAAACGUCCGCCAGCCCUCAGGAAGACGCCGCCAUCAACCCCUUGUCCUGUCAGCUGACACCGGGUCUCCCCACCGACAGCCUGCUGUCUCAACAGCACUACCUCAACUGCAACCCGCACACACAGAUCAAGAGUAGUCCAAUGGAGGAAAAUGGGUUGUUUCCCUUCCAACUUUGCCAAGUCAAACUACAUAUUUUUCAGAGAACAGUCAAACUAACUGCUGUGACUUCUAGGUAGGAAUAGCAUGUCUAGCAGCAGACAGAGAGAGGCUCUCAUCUUUAAACCCGGACAGACGCAGACUGAAAACGUGGUCACCACCAGGAACCCUUGCCCUGAGGGCGAGGAGAGAGCCCAGAACUGUUCUUCUCCUUCCAUACUUAAGUCCCACAUCUGGAAACAGCCAAAAGAAAAGGAACUUGGACAUCAGAAGACAUCAUGUUCUUGCACCAAAUGUCACUGGAGUUUUCCCUUGUCUCCUCAAACCCA